UAAAUUGAAAAUUUUGGGUUUUCUUAGGAAUGAUGUACCCUUCGAACUGUAAGCAGAGGAUAGCACCUGCUCUUCCCUAGGUCAACAUGGAGCUUGAACAAGAAGAUGGCAAUUCAAUUCCUAUAGAAGCUGGAUCACCGACACUUAUCGGGAGAGAUCUAGGGCUAGUGUUUGGGUCAUCUUCGUCCGACCGCUUCAUCUCCCGCCACCAUGUUUCCCUUCAGUUUCUAGAUAACAGGGACGACAAGGUCGACGCCAGUGAUCAAGCUGAGGAACUUCUACUGUCAUUUGAAGUUGUUGGUAAAAAUCCCGUCUUGGUUUGUGGUAAAGACGGAGAAGGAAAGAGAAUUUAUAGGAAGUCGGAGAAAGGAGUGCUAAAAGCUGGCGACCGCAUUUCUUUAUCAAUAAGAAACCCUAAUUUCCUCUUUGUUAAGAGGAGGGAAGGAAGGAAGGGUGAGGUGGAGAGCAGCGUAUUGGAAGCCUUGGCGAGGCGUGAGAGAAGGACGCGGCAGCGGCGGAAGGAAGCGGAGGAAAGGGCGAACUUGGUGGAGGUUGGCGGAGAAACUGAGGUGGCGGCUUGGGAAGGUUCGGGUCUAGGGAUUGGUUCGUUGGAUGUUUCAGAGAUUGAUCCGGUGAAAGAGUUUGGAUUCUUGGUGAACGGUCAUGAGUUUGAUCGCUAUCCCAGGCACAAAAUCCGCCCUUUUAAGGAUUGGAAUUGGUUUCUUGAAGACCCUCGAGGUGUGAGUAAUGAAUAUGAUGAAGAAGAUGACGCUUUUGGAGCCAUGACGGGCAAGCAUCAGAAAAAGAAGAAAGGAGGUGAUAAUGAUGAUGAAGACUGGGAUGGAGAGAAUCAGGAUGUGAAUACUUUGGCUGCAAAUCCUGGAAGUGCUAAGCGGCCAAGAUACUCUACCAGAUCAAAAGACUCAAAGAAACAACUUGUUAAUAUUCCGGGCCAUAAGAAGCUUGUAAUUAAAGGAUUUAAUGGUGGACAGAAAGAAGUUGGUAAUGAGGAUGAUGAAACCCUGGGAGGUUUCAUUGUUGGUGAUGAUGAUGUAGAAGAGGAAGAAGAAAUAGCAGAAGAAGAAACGGAGGAAGAGGAGGAAGAAGGUGAUGAUGAGGAAUCUGAUGUUGACUAACUGAUUCUAUGAUUUAUGAUUAACCAAACCGACAAAGUUGUGGUACUUAAUAGAAAUUUGGUUUACCUCAUGUAUUAAUGAGCUUGGAUAUUCCGGGAUUUCUGUUCUGAGGUGGAUUGACUGUGCUGCUGAGAAAGCCAUAGGUUUUAUGUAGGAAAACUAACCAGAGACAUGAGGAAGUGUUGUUUCAGAACUUGCUUUCAUUCACGAAAUGGCAGGUUCUUUCUUGGGAUGAAAAUAUAUUGUUUUCUAUCUUUUCCCCUCAAAAUCCUGGUGCAAUGCAAAUUGUUAAGGCAUUUGAAAGUUUCAAAUU